GAAAAAACUCUUCUAAAUGUGAAACAAACCGACUUUCACUGAUUUUUUCUUCUUUUUACACCUAAAAACAUCCCGUGGAACCCACUUUCCCCCAAAACAGUCACAAAUAUUUCAAAAUCGUUGAAAAUAACCAUGAUUAUUACGCACUACUUUCCUACAACGCAUGACCCGCGAACGUGCUAGCACGUCAGCAUUUUGAGGCGUUACAGCUACCGGGGCAUCGCGGAGGAAGUUUAGCGGGCGGUGCCCGCUAGAGUUGACCCGGGAGCUCUUGGGGCUGAUCAGCAUUAUCAUCGCUUCAUCAUGGCCGACACCGAGGGAGUUCGUGGAAAGAAGCGCUCUAUAGCUGAUUCACAGCAGCUUAGCGAUAACUCACCGUCAAAGAAACAUGCAAAGACAGUAUUUUCACUUCAAGACCGCAUCCAGCUUAUUAACAACAUCCAGGAGCACUCACCCAAGACCGAGAAGCAUUCUUACAAAGUUUGCAUUGCCAAGAUCGAUUGGAGCAAAGUGGCUUUUGGGGACUUUUCCUAUGAGGUUUGCCAGAAGGAGUGGGACACCAUACAGAAUGAGAUUCGUAAAUACCGAACCAUGGCGGAGGUCAUCACUGAUGCACUACAGGUCGUCCAGAAUCCGUUCUCACAUCGUAAACUGGUGCAUCCUGACCUCCCGAAGCAACCUUUGACCCCGUUCUUCAUGUUCUACUCGGAGAAAGCCAAGAAGUUUAAGAAGAAGCAUCCAGAGAUGCCGCAGUAUGAGAUCUCAAGGUCGCUGGCGCUCAAGUUCAAGGAGCUACCAGAACACAAAAAGGCCAAAUACAACCAGAAAUAUGGCGAUCAGAGGCUGAUGUACCAGAAAGAGCUGGCCACAUUUCUGGCGGAGCAUCCAGAGUACAAGAAGGAUUCAAGACACGGCGGGGGCGGGCCUAAGCCCCCUAAGCUUCUGAAUCCAUAUCAGCUGUGGGCAAAUAAAAGAUUUGAGACGUUGCUGAGGGAAGACAAAGAGGUGACCAGAGGUCAACUUGACGCUCAGCUGAGAGAGGAAUGGAAGAUUAUGGUAGACAAGAAACGAGUGAAGUGGAUCAACAAGGCACUUGAGGAACAAGUCAAAUAUGUGAAAGAGAUAGAGGAAUACGUGGAGCAGAAUCCUAACUUCAAGGUUCCUGAGAUUAAGAAACCACUUCUCACCAAGAAAGAAGUCCGUCUCAAAGAAGGAGUUGACGGUAAACCAUUCAAGCCACCUGCGAAUGCAUACAAUCUGUUUUGCUCUGAGAUGUUGAAGCAGAUGGGUCACAUGGGAUCCAACACUAGAGCCAAGAUGAUGGAGUGCAGCGCCUUGUGGUCCAACACGGAGCUCAAAAAGAAACAAGACUACAAAGAUCGUGUUGAAAAGCUUAAAUCCAUGUACAAAAGAGAUCUGGAUAAAUACAUAGAGAGUCUCCCUGAGGAAGAACGAGGGAAAUACGCCGGCGAGCUCGAAGCCAUCGAACGUCAGAGCAAGAAACAAACCAAAGCAUCCAGCUCUUCCUCCCGCCUCAAACCAAAGAAGCCCAUCUCUGCCUUGUUCCUCUUCACCAAUGAGCAACGACAAACUUUCAAAGGAGAAAAUCCUGACAUGAGCGAUACAGAAAUAACAAGGAAUCUUGCUCGGCAGUAUAGUGAGUUAUCCGAUAAGAGUAAGGAGAAGUAUCGUCGAAAAGCUCAAGAAGCUCGCAAAGAACAAGAAGAGGAAUCUGAUGAUGACGACGAUGAUGAUGAUGAAGAAGAUGACGACGAGCCAAACAAGACGGGAGUGGGGAUGUACAUCAGUCAUCAUCUCUCUACAUACAUGUCGGAGAAUGAUAUGAAGAAGACUCCAGCCACCGCCAAACUGAAAGCAACUUUUGAAGGUCUCAAGAAAAGUGAGCGAACUCCUUGGGUUCAAAAAGCAACUGAGAGCAACAAACAGGCAAAGAGGAAACAACUUGACAGACAACUCCUGAAAGGUGAACCAGACAAACCCCUCAAUAGCGGUUACCGAAUCUUCACGGCUGAACAUAUGAGAAGUGACGAGAUCAAAGCACUGCCGAGCACAGAGAGGAUUAAGGCAGUCGCUGGGAAAUGGCGCGACCUCUCGGCGUUUGGCAAAAAAAGAUACGAAGCUAAGAAGGAGAAACUACUCAAGGAUUACAAGAAAGAAAUCGACAAAUAUAGAAAGAAACUGAACAAGGAAGAUAGAGACCGAUACGAUGAACUGAAGAAAGCCGGACUUAGCAAAUAUUCCAGAGAAGUCACUAAGAAGAAGCCACCAGUCAAGCGAAAGAAGAAGGCAGUCGCCUCUGAUGAAGAAGAAGAUGAAGACAGUGACGACGAAGAAAACUCCGAUGACGACUCUGACGACGAUUCAUCCUCAGCGUCCUCCGGCUCGGGCUCCGAGGCCGCCUCAAGCGAUGCCGCCUCGGACUCGGACGAAGAAGAGGAAGAAGAAGAAGAGGAAGGAGAUGGAUCAAACUCCGGACAAUCUUCCUCCGCAUCGUCGUCGUCUUCAUCAGCGUCGUCCGGAUCGUCCUCCUCGGAGGAGGAAAGUGGAGAUGAAGAAGAAGAGGAGGAAGAAAAUGCCGAAGAGGAAGAGACAAAACCAAAAGGAAAAGGAAAGAAGGGUAAAGAGAAGACGGUGAUCAAGCAAGAGCCGAAGGAAAAUGGUGAGAAGGAUGAGAGUGGGAGCUCAUCGGAAAGCGAGAGUUCGUCGAGCGAGGCAUCGACGGAAGAGGAUUCUGAUUAAAUUAGACAUACACAAAAGGAGAAGAGGGUAAAGAUUUAAGAAGAGUUGAAAGAAAACGGUGAGAAGGAUGAGAGUGGGAGUUCUUUGGAGCAGGAGAGUUCGUCAAGCGAGGCAUCGACGGAAGAGGGUUCUGAUUAAUCAGUUCUAACACUUGUCCGGUGUUAUUUAUAGGUUUUUAUUUUUCUGUGAGUCUGUUGUGUUGAUGUGGCCAAGCCAAGAAGUAUCCACACUGGAGAAAUUUUGUCAGGAUGUUAUUAGUUUUUUAAAUGGUUUUGUUUGUUUUGUGUUUUGAUCCGGACCAAAGGUGUAUAAAUGUUGAGUGAUGACAUUGUGUAUGUGUUCAUUGAUGCAUUGUGUGCACUAGAGCGUAAACCGUCCAAUUUGUGUUACCUUUGUGACUCGUCUUCAAUACAUACGGGCACAAAUUCAUAAAACUGUUGAGCAGAAAAUACUGCUUUAAAAGUAGAAUAUUUGAUGAGCAAAGACUUAUUGUUUUCUUCACAAAUUAUGUGGGACACCAGUUGCAACAGUGGUAGCUUUAUAGAAUUUUGGCCGGUACCUAGUUCCUGCUAAGCAAGUGCUUAAUACAUUUUUGUGCUUACAGGCUUUAUGAAAUUGGGCCCUGGUUGUAGUAUAAGAGUAUUGGCAACCAUUUUUAUUUGGGAUACUCUUUAAAGUCACCUUUGACCCAAGAAAAGCUGGUACUCAACGAUGUUGAGAACCAUUUAAUGUUAUCAGAAGAUUGCAAACAUUGACCGCACAAACUGAAGAGUGUUGUACCAAAGAAUUUUGUCACAAAUUAUUGCACUCGUUUAUUUUACAAGUGAAAAAAAGAACAAAGCACCCACAACAUGUUAAAUGUUGUCUCACUGGUUUUAUGUUUUACUAUUUACAAGAUGUGAGGAAAAAAGGUUUUGUGUUGUAAAGUUGAUCUCAAAGUUAAAGAAAGUAUCAAGUAUGUUAAUUGUUUAUGUAAAACUAUUAUUAUUAUUAUCAUUGUGUACAGAAAGUGUCUACAUUAGCACUGUAGAUAAUGUUUUGCCCCCCAAAAGUUCCCUUAAAUCAAAGCAUUCAUUUGAAUGGAAACAUAUCUCGAAUUUUUUAAAUGUUAAUAACAGAGAAUUAAUUGAGUUUUAGAACAUUUUUACUGUUGUGAGUUUGCUGGCACAACACUAAAAUCACUAGCCUUGGGCCUUUGUUCUAGUGUUAACUUCAAACCCUGGUUACCAACCGAAAAUGUGCAACCCCUAAAUUUUACCAACUUUUACUAAACCAAUGUCAUAAAGGGUUAAGCAGAAAUACUGCUUAGCAAUUUUCUUUCCUAAGCAAAAAUUGAGUGAGGCACCAGUUGCAAUAGUGUAAGGUACUCUGUUUCUGCUAAGCAAGAUUUGUCUGUGUUUACAGGCAUUAUGAAAGUGAGAUCAUGUCUUUUUGUAUCACUGUGUCACCAUUUUGGAUCUUCUAUGCACAAACCUAUGAGACUCAAGACUGAGGCUCAUGUCCAAGAAUAGGCUGAUACCCACAAUGUGGGCAAUACUUUGAUGUUAUUAUCCCAUGAUGGUGUAGGGAACCAUACUUGGAGAACUGCACACUGUGUAUGUCUGUAUGUACAUGUAUUUAAAAUGCCUUUUAUUAAUUUUUGUGAUUUUGUUAUUUCGUAGCAGUAAAGCUAUCGAUAAGUUGAAACAAAGAACAUUGUGAAAUACCAGAGAAGUUAAAACUAAUGGUUCUUAGAAUAGUGCUACUUUAUUCAUUCAAGUUAUUAAGAGAAUAAUCUGGACUUCCAUUUUACAACUUUUAAAUUAAAUUCUUAACAAAACAAAAAAUCUCAUGUCUAUGAUUGUUACAAAAGAACGGAACAUAUUUUAAAUUUUGUAUGAGUUUGUUAUUGCUCAAACAUGUCGAAGCAACAGCCAAACAACAAAAGACAAUUGUUGAGUUGGUGCAAAAAUGUUGUUACUCAGCAUGUACCUGUUUUGUGUGUUCAUCUGACCUCUUUUGAACGAGAGACAAUGUUUUCACAAUUUUUGCAGAACUUAUGGCUAUUUUAGGAGAUACAACGCUUUUUUGCAUUGACAUAAGAUAAUUUUGUUAAGUUUUAAAAUCCUCCGUUACUGUACAAAUUUAUAAACAUUUAUUGCCAUGGUAAUUCCAUCUUCAACAAUUGUUUGAAAGCUGCAGCCUCUUUAAAGAAAAGAAAGAAAGAAAGCCUAACUUUGUAUUGUAUCAAUAUUCAGGGCUGGGAGAAAUGUUCGAAACCCUUUUUGCCGAUAUGUUUAGUUUUUAAUGCUGACAAUAGUGUAAUGUCUUGUUUCGGUCUACUUGUUUAAUGUCAAAGUUGCCAAAAGAUUAUGGAAAAUACUGAUUUUACUGUUUUGUAUUGUCUUAAGAGAGUAAACGUAAAUGUCUCUGUGAUUUUAUUGUACUUUUGACAAACAAAAAGUGUUUAAUAAACGAAAGGCUUUGGACAUUUUGAAGUCCAUGUUUAAAUAUUAA